AAAGGUUUUGUAGUUACUUUCGAACAAAAGAAAAGAUUUUCUGGAACGUGUUUUUGCAAGGAUGUAGCUUAAAAAUUUUGCUAUUUUUCUUUCAUAGACAUUACAAUCUUGAAGCAUUCCAUCUCAUACAUGAUGCAUCUUGCAUUAAUAUUUUUCGCAUGGUUAAGCGUGUCAGAGCUUCUGUAAAAAAUCUAUAAAUCCUAUCUUUCUUUUCAUUUCAUUAAAGCCAGAUGGUUUUAUGCGUCCAGUAGAAGAAGCAUUCCUCUCUUAACCUGAUCCUGCUUUCAAAACAACUCACCUCUUUUGUUGAAGACAUUUUCCUCUAUCGUCAGUAAUUCAUUCAUCAUCGUUUCUAUUAACGAAGAUAUAUAUUUUCUAAAGGGUUUUUUUGUUUUUAUGCUUGAUUGAUCUUGAAAACCAACUUUUGUUGUUGAUUUUCUUAGAAUGGCCGAUUUGCUUCAUUUGAACUCUCCUGCAGCAUCAGAUGUUGAGGAUGAUGACUAUUCUAGCGAGCUAGAUGAUGAUUUGAAAGAAUCUAUAGAGCAAUUGGAACAAUUAUUGUGUUUAGUCAUAUUUCCCAUUGCUGGCAAGUUUCUAGGAAGAAAAUUCGCUUUUCACGUUUGGGCCCGGUGGCUUGAUCGACGACGAAUUGUUUAAUUAUUUCCUUUGUAUUCUGGACGGUUUAGGGAAUCAAAGGAUAGGAGGUUGUUUCACUUGUCUUUCAUGGCAAAGACUUAUUUUCGUGCCUACAGGGUGCGAUUUGACAACAUACACCUGCAUUAAUCUGAAAUCACUUUAUGUCAAAGUAUGUUUAUGAAUGUCUUACCGAUCAGAACUGAUUGAUAUUUUCACCACAGACUUAAGAAUGACUUUCUUUCGCCUAAUCACUUGCUUUAUGGAAUUUCUUACAGGGAACCAAAAGUGUUGAUAUUGGUUCUUUAAUCUUCAAUUAUUUAUAACUUUUUUUUUCCUUUUAUUAGUUAACGAACCCAAUACACUCAAGUCUACAGAUACAUUUCGAGUAUGUUUUAAGGCUUGCUACUGUUAUUCUUGCAUAGGGUCGAACUCUUGGUAAUUCACUUACUGAUUGUUUUAUGCUUAAUAUGGAUCUUUUUUUCUUACUGUUUCUAUUAUUUGCUUUUUUUUUUUCAUCGAAAAAAAACUCUUCUUGUAUUCUCCUAUACACAUGUACAAAGGCAUCCUAAUCCUGUAAAUUCACAAUGAUGACUAAUCCCUUUUGUAAAUUCAGUC